ACCAGGCUCGACUACACGAUGCAGCAUUCACCUAAUUAGCUAAAAGCUAACAGUACUGGAGAAGAUGGCUUCCUCGGAGCAGCCAGAGCAGAAUGGCCCUCGCAGCGGAGAAGACGCUCCACGGGAAGCCCUGAUUUCCACAGCGGUGAAGUUCCUGCAGAACCCAAAAGUUCGUCAAAGUCCACUGGCUGUCAGAAAAGCUUUCCUGAAGAAGAAAGAUUUGACUGAUGAGGAGGUGGAGUUGGCCAUCCUACGUUCCGGUAGUGUAGACGAGCCGUUGGUUCUGAGUCCAUCAGGACCGACACACAUCAUCCAGAACCCUCCAGUUGCACCAGUUCCAUACAGUCCCCCUGGUUACAGAUGGAGAGAUUACGGUGCCCUGGCCAUCAUCAUGGCAGGACUGGCUAUUGGCUUCCAUCACCUGUACCGCAAAUACAUCCUUCCCCUCAUUAUGGGCAGCAAAGAGGACAAGAAGCAUCUGCAGAGGAUCGAGAGCAGCAUCGUGGACAUGAGUGGCACGCUGACACAGACAGUGACCCAGUUACAGACGACUUUAGCCUCAGUCCAGGAGUUGCUGGUCCAGCAGCAGAAGAGAAUCCAGGAGCUGUCUCAGGAGCUGGCUAAUUCACAGGCCUCCUCAGCUACCAAUCAGAUGCUGGAGUCUCAAAGCAUCAGUGAACUGAAGGCAGAGAUCACCUCAUUAAAGGGGCUUUUGCUCAGCAGGAGACAGUUUCCUGCCUCUCCAUCCAUUCCAAAAAUCCCAUCCUGGCAGAUUCCUCUGAAGCCGGAAACUACAUCCAACCCACCCUCGGCAAACCACACCAACAGCAGUAGCGACAUCUCACCGGUCAGUAACGAGUCGGCCAGCUCCUCUCCCAUUAAAGACGGCCACAGCUCCGAAGCCGCGGUGCCGGCGUCUCUCAGCCCGAACGGAGACGCCGGCCUGUGCUCCAUGCUCACGCUCGACCUGAAGGACCAGGUCCGCAUGGAGGUGCAGGGAGAAGAAGAUAAGAAAGAUGAAAAGGCGAAGGAAGAGAAGGAGAAGGAGGAGGAGGAGGAGGAGGACGUGACCCAAGUCGAUGAAGAGGAGGACUUGGGCAUCCAGACGGAGGACAGGAGAGGUGGGGACGGACAGUUUAACGAACAGGUGGAGAAGCUGAGGCGUCCGGAAGGUGCUAGCAACGAGAGUGAAGUGGAUUAAAUGCAGAUUUGAGUUC